GACUUCCUUUCCCCCAUGAUUGGCACAAACAGUGUGCUACAGCCAGGUGAGCUGCUUUCCCAUGACAUGAUCCAGAAAUGGAUUGACAAGGCAGUAGUGGGGUCUGGAACUCCCAGGACAUUUACAACCCAUUGCUAUUGUCAUGGUGGAGUGCAGUAUUGCUUCAUGUUUGCACCAGUGGGGCAGCAAUGGACCCUUGCACAGGUCUGGUGGGGGGGG